GUGAGCUUCAUACUUCCCACAGUCCAGAACCAGUUCUUCAGCUCACGAAAUGAACUCGACUGUCAGGAUUGUGGAUAAUUAUGAAGAAGCUCUUGCCAAAAACAUUGUGAUUGUUUGUCUUGGUUUUAUCAUUAAUGUCAUUAAUGGAAUGUUAGUAGUGACUUUUUUUUCUAAUACAAUGCUUUCAAGAGACUCCAGAUACAUUUUAUACAUUCACCUGGUAAUCAAUGACAUGCUCAUGAUAUGUGUAACAGUGAUUUUGUAUGUGUUGUCCUAUGUUUCACCACUUGUUAAUGUUUCGUGGUGUUGCAUAUUGGUGGUUCUUAGUUCAACCACCUUUAUGAUCACUCCUUUGAAUCUGGCUGGUAUGGCCAUAGAACGGUUCAUUGCGAUUUGUAAACCACUGCAUCACUCUCAGAUUUGCACUCCACAAAGGACCUACAUCUUUAUAUGUUUGCUAUGGGUUUUAGGAGCUAUACAUUGUCUGGCAGAUAUCAUUAUUUUACUUUUAACCCAGCCCAUAUCCUUCUUCAGUUCAUUUGUACCUUGCUACAUAACAUAUGUGUUCCCAUCCAAAGCCCACCAGGAACACACCACUGCUUCACAAGUCAUCUAUAUGUCUUUGGUGUGGAUAAUUCUCAUUUAUACUUAUUGCAGAGUCCUGUUUACUGCCAGAAAGGCAGUUUCAAAGGGUUCAGCUAAUAAGGCUCAGAGUACUAUACUGUUGCAUGGUGUCCAGUUACUUCUUUGUAUGCUUUCCUAUAUCGCCCCAUUUAUGUACAUAAUUAUUACUCCCGUUUUUCCUCAACACAGAGCUAAUAUCGGUUUCUGUAUUUAUCUGCUCACAAUUAUUAUGCCUAGAUUACUGAGUCCUUUGAUAUAUGGGGUCAGAGACCAGAAGUUUAUGAAACAAAUGAAGGAAUACUUUACAUGUAAAGUUAUUAAUGUAAAGAUUGUGCCAUCAAAAUUAUGAUGUUUAUUUAGCUACAUUUAAUUUAAAAACAAAAUAUUUAUUUGCAUUUCUGUUUAAUUAUGACAUUUGUUUUAUUUGAUAUUUGAGAAUCUUUACAGUGGCCUAAAAAUGUUUCAUACACUUAAACGUGAAAGUGUAUGAAAGUGAUUGAAUAAACAUAAACAUAAACAUUGAUCAAACAUGUGGCAUACAAACAAAUAAUGAAUUGACUUUGCUCAAUGUCUUUUAGUCUAGUGGAUGUAUGAAAUCAGUUCUCCUGAAGUUCACACAGUAGUUAAUCACUUUAACUAGGGAAAUUAUCCAUUAAGAAAUCUUUUGUCUUUAUUUUGAACAGUAUCUAUUAUUUUAUCAAUUAAAAUGUCUUCA